AUGCCGGAACUGUUAGAGCACGACUACGAAGCCUUGCCUGAAAACUCCUCAUUAACUGCUAAUCUGAUCGCCGGAGCUCUAGCUGGUAUCGGUGAGCACGCGAUUAUGUAUCCCAUAGACAGUAUAAAGACUCGCAUGCAAAUAAUCAAUCCUACCCCUCAGGCAGUAUACACAGGCGUCGCGAAUGCCUUCUCUCGUAUUUACACAACAGAAGGCGCCCGCACUUUGUGGCGUGGAGUCAACUCUGUGGUUUUAGGAGCGGGUCCAGCGCAUGCAUUAUAUUUUGGAACAUAUGAAAUGUGUAAAGAUCUAUUCGGUGCUAAUCAAGGAGAAGGUCAUCAUCCGAUUGCUCACGGAGUAGCAGGAGCUUGUGCGACUAUAGCAAGCGACGCAUUGAUGAACCCAUUUGAUGUAAUCAAGCAGAGAAUGCAGGUUCACGGGUCUAUAUACAAGAAUGUCCUGGAAUGUGCCCGCACAGUAUACGCUAGGGAGGGGAUGAUAGCUUUCUACGUAUCUUAUCCAACAACGCUCACAAUGACAAUUCCAUUUCAAAUGGUUCAAUUUAGUUCAUACGAAUACUUUCGUAAAGUCUUGAACCCUAAAGGAACUUAUGAUCCAAAAACCCAUAUGAUAGCAGGUGGCCUAGCGGGUGCAAUAGCAGCUGCCGCCACCACUCCAUUAGACGUGGUCAAGACUUUGCUGCAAACAAGAGGAAACUCAUCAGAUAUUCGCGUACGAAAUUGCAAUGGUUUAAUAGAAGCAUUCCGAAUUAUCUAUGAAAAAGAUGGUGUGAAAGGUUUUGUGAGAGGAAUAAGACCCAGAGUAUUGUCUCACAUGCCAUCAACUGCCAUUUGUUGGUCGGUGUACGAAUAUUUCAAGUGGUUUAUCACAAAACAUGAUCGAAACAAGUUACCCGACAAGUUACACCUUUCACAUUAA